CCAUUUGGGCGCAGACUCUCAGGCUGGCUCGUCAGCUUCCUGGCCGCUCGUGCGCUUCAUUGGCACAGAGCAUCGGUCAGGAUGUUGGAGCUUCCGCUGGACCCGUGGGGCCUGCUCUCUGGAGGCAGGUGCCAAGGGGGGCAGGCCCUGGCUUUUGCUACCGUUUGUGUUACAGAGGAGGAGCGCGGGACGGAAUUCUUGGCGAAUUGCCUUGCCAGCAUAUGCGCUUUGCUGGCGACCACGGACCCCGAGUGCGUGGUCGCCAUCGUGAGCAGUUGGGUUUAUCAUGCCGCUCGACACGUGCUGCUCCGCAACGGCGUGCUGCCCCUGGUGGCGCCCACAUGGUUGCCUCACCAUGUUGGUCACCCCUUCGAGCACAUACAUUGGAAACCGCAUUUCUCUGCGAAGUUGGAGGCGUUCAGGCUUACGGGCCACGACCGAGUCGUUUGGUUCGACCCGGACGUGCUCUUCAUGCGGAAUGCUUCGGGCUUGCUUGGCGUUCCAGGGGAGUUCGCCGCUUCCACGAGCCCUAAAGGCAAGGACCCCGCUCGGUACGUUAACGACGGUGUAAUGGUGUUCACUCCGUCGAUAGGGCUGUACAACGAGCUCAUCACUCGCUGGCGUGAUGGGAGCCACUCGCUGCACUACUCCGAGGACGAGGUCAGCGAUAACGACCUCGUCAUGGAGGUGUGCGUGCUCGAGGGGAAGUGCGGGGCGGUGUCUGACCUGGACGCCUGCCUGUACAACCACGGCGUUUGGCUGCCGCUGCGCUACUGGAGGCCCUGCCCGAGCAGGGCCGCCGUGGCUCGCCACAACUUCCUCGCCACGCGGGAGCCGAUCCUGACUGGCGUGCUCCACGCCGCGGCACUGCGCGGGACCUGCCGGGCGCGUGCGGUGCCCGACCCCGCGGCCGAGGGCUGCUGGGAGGGGGCCGACGAGCACGGGCCGUUCACGGCGGAGAGGUGCUGCCGCGAUGCCGCCCGGGGGGGCGACCUGCAGUGCUGGGGGCACGGCAAGGGCUUCGAGAGCUGCUGCCGCGGGGCGCGGGACGCCGAGCACCUGCAGGCGGAGCUGCGGGCGGUGGGCCAGUCGUGGUAUGCGUGGCCUCUCCUCGCAGCCAGACAGGCCCCGGCCUGGGCACCUGGGCGCGCGGUGCUGGCGGCAGUACCACCGCAUGCGCCACACGCUCUUCAGCCUGGGCGCGGUGGCCUCCGGCACGCAGGCCUUCAGCGCGCCCGAGGCGGCGUGGCGCCCGUGGGGGGAGGCGUGGGGAGCGCAGAGCCCUCCGGGAGCAGUGCUGUUGGGAGGGAUCAAGUGCAUCAGCUUCGGCGAUCCGCGAGCCGUGGCCCGCCCCACCAGAUUCGUGGUCUUUCGCUUCCGCUUCGACGCCUACUUCGGCCGGCACCGGGCCGACUCGAAGGUGGCGGCCAUCUGGCGGGGUUACUCGGAGGACGCCCGCUUGCGCGACAGGCUGUCGGCCAUGGCCGCCUGCGUGCCACAGGAAUGUUGCUUCCUUCAGCCGGAGGGCUCUAA